UCUUUGUCGCGUCAUAGCAACGCUUUCAGCACUUCCUUUUCUAAGGCCUUCAUAGUUCAGCGACCUCCAGGCCUCCAUCUGCCCGAGGACCUCGCUGUUUGGAUGGGAGCAGAUUUGCACUUCUGGCUUAAGAGGGACGGAGCUCUGUCUUCGUGUUGAGGGAACAGGUUAUCAGCGAGCCAGAUCACUGGGGGAGGGGCGGCCACAAAGAAUGUUUAUUUAAGGAAAAAUACAUUUUAAGACUUUUAGAGCAAUUUUUGAUUUCAAAGAACCACCCCAAAUUCCAGGCAAAGAGUGCUGGAGGGUGGAAAAAUCCUUUUAGUGCAAACUCCACAUAACAAAGAAUAGACUAUCCAUCAAGGACCCACCCCGGAGUCAUCUGGGACCGAAGAUGUUGGACAGGAUUGCCCCGGCUUUUCAGGACCUGUGCAGGCAGGUGCUGCCCACACUGCCUUCGCUCAGCCAGGAGGAAGUCUCUACCAUCUGGGGGAAUGUGUCAGAAUUUGUGGAAAAGCAGCUAGCUAUGCAUAAGGGAGUUCAGAUUUCCGGACUCGGAACUUUCACCUUCACGAGGCAGAAGCUCGAGGUGGGGAACCACAAGUUUAUUCUAGUGCAGAGGCCCGUGUUUAUCAUGGCGGAGAAGUUAGUGCAGACCCACGGACUCAAGCAGAACAAAGUAUUCUCUCCUGGUGAUAUUCCAGUGGUCCCACUUAAUUUUGUCAUGAUAUCCCUGGAGGGACCAUUUAACAGGGACACGAUAGAAGGAUGUGUUAAGGAGACAUUACUUUUCUUAUCACGGUCCAUAUCUGUCAAACAAAACGUGGAGUUCACAUUCAAAGGAAUUGGGGUCCUUUUGAUCAGAGACAGCAAAGUGAAGAUGAGAUUUUACAAGGACUUCCUUUGCUCGAUGGACGGAAGUGGCACCUUGAGCAAAGCCCUGGCAAAUAGGCCUGGCACCAUGGACUCAGUGCUGUCAAGCAGAGAGGGCGUUGGAAAGCGUCCCAACAGUGCACUGGCCUUUCCAAGGAUUGAGCACAAAGAGACAGAGAACAAACCAACCAUGGAGGUCAUUGCCGAGGAAGGUGGAGAGGACAGACCAAGGAAGAUCAAGUUGAAAGACCCGACAGACAAAGAAGAAGGAGCCAGGGAGAUCUCGUCACCCAAGAAACGCCGUGAUAGGCAGUCCAUCUCUCCUGCCAAAGUAACAAGCGUCAGCCUGCUGGACAAGCUGGAGCGAAGCGGGAGCGGCGGGAAGACCGUGACACCUGAAAACGUACCAUCUCCAAGUUGUCAGAUAAAUGACAAUGAAAAGCCCAGGACAUCUCCCGCCCCGGUGUGCCAGGAUCAUAAUAAGGCAGGACAGGAAAUGUGCUACGUGUGUUUGCAACGAGCGCAGAGGAAUUUCCCGCUGUACUAUGGAGAUGAGAGGAGGAGGAGAGAGAUGGAGGACGAGAGGCUCAUGCAGCAGUACCAAAUUCUGAAAGACCAGGAGGCUUUCUUCAAAAACCAGAUGAAAAGUAUGGCUGCCAGGGAGCAGAAUCAGAAAAACGCUGCCUAUAAUCUCGGGGUCGCUGAAGCCAUAAGGAGUCACAAGAACGAGAAACCCGAGUUUUACAAUGGCUCUCACCUUCUCUGCGUCUUGAAUACCAGACUGGCUGCACAGAGAGCCCAAUACUUAAAAGAGAAGAUGGAAGAAACGCAGUACUACAAGAGAGCAUUGGAUGCACAGGUGAAGAACAAACCCUCCCAGCUGCCCAUGUUUGAGCCCGAUUCUGCUGAGCCCAUCUUUGGUAAGGAUGAGGGCGAGAUGAAGGCUGAAAAGCGAAAGCGAGAGCAGAGUUGCAUGAAGCACCAGAUGGAGGCGGCUGCCAGCCUCAAGAGGAACGCCAUUCUGAACCAGCUGGUGGACCAGAGGCGAGACCUGCAGAUGCUUCAGAGGACGCAGCGAGAGCACUUGGCAGACAGAGCUGCGGAGCUGGAUCGGGUGAACAGGAUCAACCAGUGUUUGCAGGAGGACUGGGACAGGAGCCUGUACAUGAAGAAGCAGCGGGACCUGGAGGAGAAGGCCUUUGAGCGGGCUUCUGACAAGCUGUUCCUCUUGGACCAGUGUGAGAAGUACCGGCGCUGCAGGCAGUGCCAGAGGCGCACCUCCAACGUGGGAGAGAGCAACGUGUGGCCCCUGAAUAAGUUCCUGCAGGGGUCGCGAUUGCUCGUGUAGAACUCAAAGUUUGAACCUACGUACUCAGGAACGUUUGUUUGGAGUGGAUGAAUAUUUAGAGUGUGUAUAUUUGUACCUCGGAGGAAAAAACUGAGUGUUUUCAAACCCUUUCUUGAAUUCAUGUCUAUUAUUUCCUUAGUGUCCUGCCUUCCUCUCAUCCCUGCAUAAUCCCUGAACUUGGCUCCAAUAGCGGUGCUGGUGUCUAAAUAAUUCUUAACCUAGAGUCCUUUUGCUAUAGGGACUGGGAGGGACCCAACUUCUUGCUGGAAGCUGAGGGGUGCUGACCCAGCUCUGUGACUUCUUUUAGAAACGUUCUAUUUUCCCACCUGUAAUAAAUACAUUUUAA